AAAGACAUGUAAGUGAUCAUAUAUGUACAUGAGAGCUAGGCAUUAUUAAUCCUAGAUCAGAAAGGCACAGAAAUGGAUAAUAAUAUUGCAGAAGAACAACAGAGGGAAGUGGAGACAAAAGAAGAGGCAGAUCAAGAAGCUGGCGGAUUAGCUUUGCAAGCUGGUGCUGGAGGUCGGCAGCCUCGCCAACAUGAUGACAUCUUCUCCAACGCUACAAUUACUACUUCUAGUGCUGCUGGCCGUAGUGGUUUUUCCUCGGAGCAUUAUGGUGGAACUGAGAGUACUGUCGUUGAAGGAGGUCAAUUAAUCUCGUAUGAAUAUUAUGAAGUGAAAAAUGAAGGUGUUGAUUUUCUUGAUCCCAAGACCAGUCCUGGACAUGUUAUAUUGGACGUUGCAACAAAGAGGUUUGGCUAUCAAACUAUUGGUGGAGAGCUGGUUGAGCAAACUGCAGCAUUCAGUCCUGAUACUUCCAUCAAUAUUAUUGGGACAUCUGAACCAACAGCUGGGAGAUAUGAGCAGUUUGAGUACUUCACAAAAGAAAGCCAUGAUCAAGUACUGCAGCAGAAAGAAACGUAUUUUGAAACUGUUUACGAGAAUCCAGAGAUAAGUGAGCUCUACUGCCCUAAAUGUAAAGUUCACAUUCACAUAGUCCUUAUACCCAAUAGAUCAGAUGAUGAAUUGAGGUGCCCAACCUGCUCCGAAUUUCUCAGGCCCAUAGGUGAAUUUUCUUCUGAAUCUUCUGAGUUGAAAAAUGAAAGUGGUGGAGUAGAUGUCACAGAAGAAAAAAGAAUUGAAAUUCAAUUAACCAGUGGUGAAAUAAACAUUGAAGAUGAGGAUAAAACUAAGAACAUGAUAAGCAGUACACCUGUUGUAGAUCCUCCACCUUCCAAGAACUUGCUCCUGGAGAAAAUUGCAACUGAUACUUCCAUCACUGUAAUAACUGAAAAAGAAGAGAGAGGCGGCUUUAACUUGACAAAAGAAAGAGAAGUACUGGAAGAGACAGAUCUUCAUCUUGAAACUCAUAAUCAUGUAGACAAGAAGCCGAAGAUAUAUGAGUUCUGCCCUAAAUGUAGAGUCUGCAUCGACAAGAUCCUUAUUCGCUGUAGAUAUGAUGAAUUUAGGUGCCCAUCGUGCUUCGAAUUUCUCAAACCUAUAGGCCGUGGCUGGUUCUUUCAAAAGCCUGUACCUGCUGUCGACCCAGGAAAUAAAAAACCCAUUGAACCAGAACCAGAGGAUAUUGUUCAUCCACUUAAACCACAGACACUGACUCCACCAAGCUGGACUCUUCAACAACAUAGUGCCAUAAAGUUGGAGAUCCUAAAAAGUAUCGUUUAUGGUGGUUUGAUAGAAUCAAUCACAAGCUUAUCGGUUGUGUCAUCUGCAGCUAGUGCAGCUGCUGCCACAUUGAACAUUGUAGCCUUGGCAUUGGCAAACCUGAUUGGUGGACUUUUCGUCAUUGGUCAUAAUCUUCUGGAACUGAAGAAUGAUCAAUCUAGAGUGACCUCGGAUGAAACAGAUGAUGAACAAGAAGCUGCGGGUCGGUACCAAGAAGUACUGGGCCAGAAAAGGAAUUUCAUCCUCCAUGCCUCAGUUGCAGUAUUAUCAUUCCUUGUUUUUGGGUUGGUGCCUCCAGUGGUGUAUGGCUUCUCAUUUUACAAGAGUGACGAGAGGUCCCUCAAGAUGGCAGCAGUCGCAGCAGCUUCUCUUGCAUGCAUCACUGUACUUGCCAAUGCCAAGGCUUACGUCCAAAAGCCACCAAACUGGUACAUUUAUGUUACAACUGUGCUGCACUACGUUGUACUUGGGGUUGGAGCCGCCGGCAUUUCUUACUUAGCAGGUUUCCUCCUCAACAAACUCAUUCAGAAGCUUGGUUGGUUUGAGUAAAGUACUGCAACUAUGAUCUCUUGGUCCCCCUUCGUAUAUAUAUGUUCAUCAAUGUGCUACCUACCUUCUUUGUUUUUGCACCCAUUUUUCCUUUUUCUUUAACUUCCCGAAUCAGUAACAACACA